UUCAUUCAUUCUUUGUAUUCACACUCAAUGAAAAUUUUAAUGAGUACCUAUUAUGUGCCCUUGUUUUAGAUUCUGGGAACAAAGCAAUGUCCAAAGUACAAUUUUUUUUAAAAAAAGUUAUCCUCCGAGAUUUUCAUUCUAGUGGGUGUUAGUGUUUGUGGUUAAGUCCAAUGGGGACUGGUGCUAAGGAGUAAGAAGAAAACUAGAGGUGGGAAGCGGGGAGAGGACUUGCUGGCUGGGGCAGUUGCCAUGACAUAGGGUGGCCAUGGAGGCCUCACUGAGAAGGUAACAUUUAGGAUGAGUCUUCAGUGCUCCUAAUCAUGUAUUCAGUUGAUAGUUGGUGCUGGGGCAGAGACAAAUCUUCAAUCUGAAAUCUGACAUGCUCGUGUCUCUUCAUUGAGGCACUCUAGGAUUGCUAGGGGUAUUGGGAGCUAAACUGCUCAUGUGCAUCAAGAUUCUGGCGGCUUAUGGUCUAAAAGACGUUUAUGAGGUCACCAUAGAGGUCUUGGUGGCUCAUGCCCAACUGAGCCAUCCACCCCUUUUACAAAAGUUGCAUCUUUGCAGUCAGUAUCAUAGAUGCCCUCGUUCUGCAGUCACUGAUGAUAGAACCGCCGACUUUGAUGGGCAUAGACCCAUCUAGAAUGACUUGGCAGAGGGAGUCCAGGAGUCUCUCUUUUGUCUAGGACCUUGGCUGCUGCAUUUAUGGGAACUAGUAGUAAUUUGGCCUGUGCUCACCCUCAAUAGGAGAAUUGCAGUAGAAAUGAUGGUAAGCUCUGCAGUUUGACUUAUCUUCCUUUAAAAUGUGUUUGGAAAUUGGUUUUAUCUUUGUACCUAAGCCUCUCUGAUUCAGAGGACCCCAUUUAUGACAGCGGGAUGCAUUUUGGGAAGAUGCCAACUGUUGCUUACCCCCCUACUACCUGCUGGCCAUCGGCACUGAAAUGUAUGAAUGGAUAGGUUCAGUCACCAUCUACCAGGAUGUAAGCUACUGGAAGAAGCAUGGACUUAUUUUACUCUAGUGCUUCUGAAACAAAAACAGUGCCAGUCAUGUAGUAGUUACUCAAUAAAUAUUUGUUUAAUUGAAUGAUCACCAAAUGACAAGCAAGGUGACAAUGAGCCAAAACACCAUAUGAUGGUGUCUCAUGAAUUAUCUCUUGCCCCAAAGAUCAAGCAGUGGAGAUGUGGACUCCUGGACCAGCACCAGCACUUUGUUUCUCACUGUGGCUCUCCCCUGUGUCACUCUCCCUCUCAGAGAGGCUCAUGCUCCUUAGUGACUGUCCAGUCUGGCUUGUCAUCCUUUCCCUGCCACUACUCAGCCUGUCCUAAGACAUGGCUUUGAAUCUCUAAGGGCGUAUCCCAGCUCUAAAAUGUUCUCAUUUUAUCACCUGGAAAAGCCAACACCUGCCGGUUAUUUGUACAAAACAAGAACACCUUUCUAGAAGGAACUGGAGCAAGCACCACUUCUGAAAAUUACUUUUUAAAAGGAAGUCUGUUUUUGCUCAGUGCCAUUAAGUCAGUUCCAUAUCUGGGCAGCUCAUAAAUAACAUCAUUCUUUUUGAACCGUUGUCUUUAAUCUGUUUGUAAAAACCACAGGGAUCCCAGCCACUUGUCGUUGGUUUGAGGCUAUGCAUUUUCUUGUGUGAUUUCACAUCUGCCAUCCUCUCCCCUACACAAGAACAUCUAUGACACAUAGAGAAUUGAGCACAGAAUGACUCAGGUGGCUUCAUUCUCUUGGAAAUCCCGGUGUUAUCAUGAGCAAUGGACUCAGUGAAAAUUGGGAAAAUUUAGUGAAAGAAAUUUAACAAAAAGCAACAUGAACAAAGUUGUUCCUUGCUUUAUAUUUUAUAAUUGUGAAAAACUAAAAAUAAAUUUCCGUCAGUAGUAAAUUAUGAUCCUUUUAUACUAUAGAAAGUGGUAAGAUAGUUAAGAGUGAUAUACACCCUCAAGAACUUGUUGAAGGAAAAAGAAGUUUCAUCUAGAUUUUGUCCACUGUGAGUUCACGUGUACAAAAGAGAAAACAAAACGCAUCUUUUGAUCUGACACGUGUAUGUUAAUUCAUCGGGAAAGGUCUGGAAGGGAUAAAGUGGUUACCAAUGUCAUUUCUGGAGCUGAGGCAGGAUUGGCAGAUUUGGUGCACGAUGAGAGUGCUUCACUCACUCUAGGCUUCUGUGUUUUUGCCAUUUUAUAAAGACACAGUCAUGGUUCCCACUUACAAUUAUGACACCCGGAAUUAUUGCAGAGGAAAAGAUGUGUGACAAAGAGAAAUUGGGGCACCAGGUGAGAUUUGAGGUCUGGAGAAGGAAGACGAAGCACUUCAGAUGAAUUCUGACACUUGCCACCAUAUCCCGUAAUAUUUUGUGAGCAGUGAUUUGGAGCUUAUGCAGUAUUGUGCAGUAUUAUGUGUAUAUCACGUAUAUAAAUGUGUGUGUGUAUAUGUAUAUGUAUGGGUAUAUAUGGUAUACACAUAGUACUGUACAACACGUAUACAUAUGUGACACACAUGCAUAUAUAUGUUUGCAUAUAUAUGUAUGUAUAUAUACAUCACUUCAAAAGACUUGACCUAGAAUGGAAGGUCCCCAAAUCAAGAAAACCCAAGGAAUUGAGUACAGUUUUCACAUGUACCUUCUUUUGGUGUAUUUGUAAGCACUGAGCAGAAUGUCAUACCUUUAGGAAACAUUGACUCACUUCUAUCCUUGUAUGAAUAAUUCUGUCCCAGUCACAGCACCGUUGUGUCAACCACAGAAGUCUUCUCUCUAGCUCACGAGGUUAUUUCCACCAGUGGAUUUGCUCCUUCAGUCCAAAAGCUCUCUGGACCUCCGCUGACCCCGUAGUGAGUUCAAGGCCCUAAUCCAGUAGUACAACGGGAGUUCAUACCACCCUGAGCCUGGAAAGAUGGUGUCACAGUCUAUGGGCCAGCAGGAUUCUCCUGUGCACCCUUGGGAAGGGGUCAGCAACGACCCUGGCGACACUGAUAAUUCACCCAAUCUCCUGGACCCUGAGCAGCCUCCUUGCAAAUCAGAUGUCAGGGUCAUGAGGCACAGAGCUGCCUGGAUCACCCCCCAGUGUGCGCAGCAACGGGUACAGGAUUUGUCCCCUCCGGUGCCGAACGUGGGGGACAGUGGGAACCGCUUUAGAAAGGACGCUGUGUCUCCCCUGGGUUCUUCACUGUCGUCCCUUGGGGACUCCAUGGAGGAGACGUCGCUGUCCAAGGGUCCUGCAUACUCCGGUGACAAGAGCAGGGACUUCUCUUCUUCCUCAAACGAGGAGCAGGCAAGGCUCCCAGGACACUCUCUUCAGAUGUCUGUGUUCACAAGCUCCAGGGUUUCGUCUGCCUCCUCAUGUCCAGAAGCUGACAGUCCUUUUUUGAAGCCUUCCCACCUGACAGCUUCCACUGAUAAAGGUGCUGUUCCAGUCGGCAGAAGAGCCAAUUCUUUGAAUUCCUUCUCCCCAGAAGCGUUCUUGCUCCCCGUCGAUGUAGAAAAGGAAAAUGCGCACUUUUAUGUAGCGGACAUGAUGAUCGCUGCAAUGGAGGAAAUAAAGUGUAUCAUGCUCAGUCAACAGCACACACAAAGCUGGAGUGCAGAAGCCAGCACACAGCUCCAGAAUGAUCAAGCUGACCCCGAAACGGCCUCGUAUAUGAGCAUAAAGCGAGAAUCUGGGUCUUCUAAUUCUUCUGACAGUGGCUAUGAAGGCUGUGCUAUGUUACAAGGCAGCCCAGUGGCUGAGACCCCCACUUCCUGUGACGUGCUCAAAGAAGACUGUAAAUGUGACUUCGAUGACUUUGUUGUCGUAGAACUCGGUACGUGUAACAAUCUCACAGAAACCUGUGGGUGCUCCUGCAGCUCCUCUAAGAGUGUCACUUAUGAGCCAGAUUUCAAUUCUGCUGAGCGAAUAGCCAAAGAGUUGUACCGAGUAUUCCGGAAGUGCUGGAUGUUGUCAGAGCUUGAUCAUCAGCCAGCAGGGGCUCCGAGUGCAGCUGGCUCAGUGGUUGUGAAUGAAGAGCGGGUCCGGAAAGAUUUUGAAUCCAGUGUGGACGUAGUUCAGGAGAUUAAAUUUAAGUCGAGGAUCAGAGGGCCUGAAGACUGGGAGCCCCCUAGAUUUCAGAUCAUAUUCAGCGUUCACCCACCACUCAAGAGGGAGCUCGUGGUAGCAGCCCAGAAUUUUUUAUGUGCUGGCUGUGGAACACCAGUAGAAACUAUCAUGCGCAGAUACGCACAAAGCACCAAAGCAUUUGAGUUGCCGAUGGACACAUUUCCAGAUGAAGCUGAAGAAGAGUUUGUGAAGCGGCUGCGGUACUGCGAAUACCUGGGGAAGUACUUCUGUGAGUGCUGUCACUCCUACGCAGAGACCUGCAUCCCUGCCCGGAUCCUCGCCACGUGGGACUUCAGGAAGUACUAUGUCAGCAAUUUCUCCAAACGGCUGCUGGACGGCUUAUGGCACCAGCCCGUUUUUAAUUUGCUGAGCGUUGGCCACAGCCUGUAUGCCAAGGCCAAGGAGCUGGACAGAGUGAGGGAAACCCGGGAGCAACUUUUUCAUAUCAAGAAGCUGUUGAAGACCUGCAGGUUUGCUGAAAGGGCGUUAAAGGAGUUUGAGCAGGUGCCGGGGCACUUGACUAAUGAGCUCCACCUCUUCUCCCUGGAUGAUCUGGUCAGGGUCAAGAAAAAGCUGCUGGUGCCCUUGCUCAAGGACAUUCUAAAAGCUUCCCUCGCACAUGUGGCCGGCUGUGAGCUGUGUCAAGGAAAGGGCUUCAUUUGUGAAUUUUGCCAGAGCGCAGCUGUCAUCUUCCCGUUUCAGACCGAAACAUGUAGAAGAUGUUCAGGGUGCAGAGCCUGCUUUCACAAGCGGUGUUUCCGGUCGUCUGGGUGUCCCCGCUGUGCCAGGAUCACAGCUAGGAGAAGACUUUUGGAAACUUUACCCUCUGCGGCAUCAUGAAGCCCCGAGUAUUGUGGAAAAGACUCUUCGAUAUGUCUAUAACACCCAUUUGUGUCUAUUAUUGAUAACAUCAUUUUAGAUUUUGAGUAUUGUAUAUUCAGAAAAGAAUUGCCAGUAUUCUUUUUAUCACAUAUAUUUAAUGUUUUCAAAAGAAUGCAGACUGUUAUUAAGCAUAGAUUUGUUACUGGUGGUUUUGUUUACACUUGGUCAGUGUUUUUGCUGCUACUGUUUUUUUAAAGAGUUUUUUUGGAUACUUUUUAAACUGUAUUUGAGUGGUUGUAUAUAGCUAAUAUUGGAACCUGUUUUUUUUAUGAAUUAUAACUGAUGAGACAAAUUACUCCAUUUCUCUUCCUAUAAAGCAUGUUUUGUGAAAUGGAUUGGUCCUUUAAAUGAACAAAAGUGUAACCAACAA